AUGAAUCCAUUCUACGAGUCUGACAGGGGCUUCGGUGACAUGUCCCCGCCCGUACCACGACGAAACAAACGAAAAGCUCUCGCGCCUCCGCGCCAACGAUCGUCUUCGCCACAUGUGUCACAGAGUUUUGAUGACCGGACGGGCCUCCCAGCCAUCCUUGAGGCUAGCAAGGAGUCGACGCAACACUCUGAAUAUGAACCACGGUCACAGGCCGCUGCAGUCGCUGCAGAGAGCAGUUACAUUGUGGAUUUGACGAUUUCCAGUGACCUUGAUCCUCCGCCUAAUUCAGAUGGGGACUUUGCGGUGUCUCAGGGGCUCGCAGGGGCGUGGAUGGGUUAA